ACCACUAUUACCAGUCGUUAUUUAUAUGAUUGAUUGAUUUGCACACGCGCAAACAAUGCGAUUUCUUUUCACAACAAUGAGUGAUAUGCAAGCAGACUGAAGAACGUGAAAGCCAAUCGAUACCAUGGAAUUUACUUGUUUAAAUCAAACUAUUUGUAUGGGUCUGAUGUUGUGGAUCUAGCUACAUAUAUGACUGUGCAAAAGAUGGUGUAGAUAGGAGUGAGGAAACGGACUCCAUCUUGAAGCUACCCAGGAUCCCUGCCAUGAUGCCUGUCUCUGAUCUAGCGACCAGCUCUGUAAGCAUCAUGAAACAUCCGCCGACGUCCACAGAGAACUUUGAGUUCAACAUCGGCCAGUCCCCUGACCUUCGAUGUCUGGCAGCCAAAGGCACAACAACCUGCACCCGCUGCGAGUCGUGCGUGGUCCGCACCCGACUGCUGGAAACCAGGCAGUGGUUCCCGAGGGCUGGGGAGACCUCCAGGAAGAAAUUUGUCCUGGGGCUUGUCCGGCGCUUCAACAGUGCGAAUCUGUUCUCCUACAUAGUCGGCAUUCUGAAACCGCUCUGUGGCAAGGACUACCUGUAUUCACGCUCCAGGGCCAAUCCAGGGCUUGUUGGUGAUCACGUCGAUGCAGGCUGUGAUCGUGCAUUAAGAAAACAGGUGAUAGAAACCAUGAUGUCUGAUACUCUGAGAUGGUUUGCUGGUGCCCCGUAUUGGAGUAAGUCUAAUUAUGCCUUGGGCGUGCUGCAGACAUGCAAUGGGGAAUUGGUGCAUGCCGUAUACAAGUUAUCGCAGACCAUGCUGAUGAAUGAACGGCAAAAACAAUUACAAAGGAACAAGAAUGUUGACUACGAGAACGAGUCUCUAGCGGAUACCGUCUUCUCCUACCAGUCCUUCGAGCACCCCGAUCACAAUCUCCUUCGCGCGGCCUCCUCCGCUUACUCCCACCCCAUCAGCCCCUUCCAGGAGGAUGACGAUCUCCUCGCCCCCGACCACGUUACCGUGGAGGACGAGUCCGAGGACGACGCCGUCAGCAGCUUGUCAAGCUCCAGCCUGGCCUCCCUGGAUCCGACCCGCGUGGUGGUGCCCGCCAUGGGGAAGGCUCUCUCCGGGAUCAGACAGUAUGUGGACUUUGUCCGGGAGUUGCCGGUCCACCUGUCCAAAUACAUCCUGAGUUUCCUGGACUAUGAGGAUCUGAUGAACUGCGGAGGGGUGAGCCCCCACUGGUGUUAUAUCUCUAAAGAGGUGGAAGAGGACAUGAAGCUAAGGCAGAUUGUGUGGGAGGAGGUCAUGCUUAUGCAGGGUUCAUCGGCCAAGGGGGGAAACCCCAUGUUUGCCAAGCACGUAGAAGUUCCCGUGCCUCGGCUGGCAGGCGAUUCCUACGACGUCCUCCUGGCUGACGUACCGCCGGAGGAGAUCAAUUUCAAGAGUGACAUCACCUUGGAGUCGUCGUACAGCGGGGUCGUCACCCGGGAUGUGACGAUGGAGGAAAGGAAUAUCUACUGUGGGGCUUACAACGUUAUGGUGCUGAGUGACCAAGAGGACAUUAACAGGGUAGUCCAUUAUAACUUUGGUCAGCUUGUGUCCAUCGGAUCGUUUGACCGUCAUGUAAGAUUCAUUGACUGUAUCAGUGGUCAAGAAACUGGUCCUAUCAUCACUGGGCAUGCAGGGUCUAUCAAAUCACUCUAUAUCAAUGAGGCCCGAGGCUUUGUCAUGAGUGGAAGCUAUGACACCAGUAUCAGGUGUUGGGACAUUGUAAGCGGGCGUCCAGUGAAGAUCUUUCACGGUCAUGUAGGAACCAUCCUCUGUUUAGAUAUGUAUGAAAACACCUUGGUGUCAGGAAGCAAAGACAAUCAGGUCAAAGUGUGGAACUUUGAAACGGGGAAAUGUUGGCGUACCUUCAAACAUCGCUAUCAGAUCAAUGCUAUAGCUGUUCAUAAAGACACCGUCGUCAGCGGAUGCGAAGAAGGCAAGGUCAAAGUGUGGAGUAUAAAGGAUGCUUGUCUCUUGAAGGUGCUUUACCAAUCACCAAAGCGUCUGAACCGCCUUGGUCUCCCCAACCCAAACACCCAUCAGGGUGCAAUCACCAGUCUGAAAGUAGACGAUUGGCACAUCGUCUCGGGGAGUAUGGAUGGCUAUGUACUGGUAUGGAGUGCCGUAGGAAACCAUGAUAGAUGUAUCAAUGCCAUAAGACAUCCAAAUCCGGUUCUGUGCAUCCACAUGGCUCACCUGCGGUUGGUUACGGGAUGUGAAGAUGGGAAGCUGAGGAUCUGGAACAUGUUUACUGGAGACUGUCUCAGGGUUAUGAGAGGCAACAGUCGCUCGGAUCCCAUCGUCGCCAUCAACCCAUGUGGUGAACGGUUGUUGCUUCAAACCAUCACCAACCUCCUGAUGCUUUGCUUUGAGGAAGUCGAGUGGAACUAUGAUCAGGACGAGAAGAUUGAGCUCUUGCGGUACAAGAACCACUAUGGCGACGCUCCUCUUAGGCAACAGAGCUAUUCCUUGGUGCGGGCGCAGCGAAGCCAGCUAGCCAGAUCAGCAAAUCCCAAAAUCAUAGCGCACACCAAUGCCCAGACGGACAGGAGCAGGACCAACCUGACCCAUAGCACAAGGCAUUUGAGCAACAGGAGCUUGCAGAGUGCCAAAAAGACCCAGGAUGUAUGUGUCAAUGUCACGUUGACGCAGAACGUGAAGGGACCUUUGUAUCGUAACGUACAAGGCGUUCGAUCUGGAGACCUUUAUGCAGAAACUGAUCUGGGAUUGAUGGAUCUUAAUGGACAGACGUCCACGUACAGGGUGAAUUCUCGACCACCAACUGGAAAAUCAAGGUCUAAGUCUAGUUUGUUAAGUAGCAAGGGAUCCUCUGAGCUUCUGUCAGGGUCUCCGUCUGGUGUAGCAUCAUCAAUCAAGGGAGUGGAGUCGAGACCCACCACGGCACAUUCAGGGAUAUCAAGAGGAGUAUCUCCAGGACUGUCGCAGGCUGCUACUUCAAGUGUAUCCCUUGGUCGGGAAUUGAAUGAGAAGCGUCCAACCACGGCCAUGUCAACUCAGAGUGGUCGGCUUAAGUCCACAAAGUUCCAGCUUCCCAUGAGAGGCCACAGUGCUCCUGUGAGACGGAACAAGACUGCCGAUGAUGCUGUCUCGCUGUCAGAGGCUAAGUCUCUUCUGCACUCUCAGCAAAGGAUCACAAAUGAGGGAGUGAAGCGGGAUCGUCUUCUUCUGACUUGGAGUAACAUAGAGGAAAGCAAGAAGAACAAUGAAGUAGUCAACAAUACCCUUGCUAAUGCUCUGCAAAUUGAUUAUGUAGGCUAUGCAGCCCAAAGCAGGCCCUCUAAUGUAUCAUCAAACUCUUCAAGUAUGUCUACGAUAUCAAGAGCAUCAUCAAAGAAAGGCACGACUUCUAAGAAUCCAACAGCCCCUAUCUCAAAGGAAAUCAUUGUUAAAACCCUUGAACAUGUUGAACAGGAUGUUAAGCCACAUAAGAGCAUUCAUCCAAAGACCACUGCUUCUACAGUCCCUAAAGCAAACCUGAUCAGACCACAGACUGCACAAGUUCUAGAGAGAACAGAGAUGAGACAACCUGGAAACAUGAACACCAAUAACACAGCACCUCUCCGUCGGUGCCAAAGCGCAUCGGCAUUGAGAUCGUCCAUGUUAUCCCCUACUUCUCAGUUUGAAGUGAGCCAUACAGUCAGUCCUGUACGGAAAAAGAAAAGCCACGGCUGGACAACGUCCCAUACGGAACCAGUGACCAUUGUACCCAUGCUGAUCGGGAAAGGCAGCAGCGGAAACCCGUCGGAGGCGAGGAAAUCAGAGUUGAACCAGAAGCCAUCUACCACGUCAAGACUGAGCAUGAUCCAAAAGCCUGUCAAAGAUCCCUUGACCCACCAUGGUGAGUUUCAGGUCAGGACCAGGCAGCAGACGGAAGACUAUCUUCAGUACGUGACGGGAAUCCAGGAGAAGUACUUCCAGGAUCAGGACGAAGAGGAGAAGAUAAAACAGAGAAAGAUGUGGCUACAGGUAGCAAGAGGUAAGAGGUCCAGCAGUGUGCCUCCAAGGAGAGCUCCGCAAAGGAAAUGAGUGUAGAAGAUGUUAUCCUGGAAGCUGAAAGAUAUGAUGGGAACUGGCAUGUGGCAUUUUGGGUGUCAAUGUAACAUAUCGUAAUCAAUGAAAUAUUUAGGCCUCUUGUAUUCUUCAGCAUGAUUUACCUGCUAGAUGUAUGCUUUCCCAAUUCAACUACACAGCUGCCAAGUAGUACGGAUUUUCAGUAUUUAGUACUAAAAAAUGAGAAGAAUACUGAUGGUUUCACACAAAAUA